CUUCUAAAAAGCAUUUUCACACAUUCAUCGCCUCAAACAUGAUCAUUUGGGCCAUUUUGAUCUUUUGGGCUUCUGGAGUUCGGCCUGAUAACAAUGGUGAAACUCUCUCAUUGCAAACGUUCCAGCUGGGAGAUGAUGUUACAAUCAAAUGUUUCUCAGCAGAAGAGCAUUUUGGCAAAACAAUGGCUUGGUAUAAACAGAGAACUGGACAGGUCCCCUGUCCUAUUGCAAUAUCAUACAAUUAUGUGAAGAAUAUCCAAUUUGAGAAUGAAUUUAAAGACGGGAGAUUCAAUGUUUUAGCAAGGGAAGACACUUUUCAUCUCAACAUCACAGCUACAACCAGAGAGGACAUCGGAAAAUACUACUGCGGUACAGUUGUCUUGAAUAAAAUGGAAUUUAUUUCUGGAGCAUAUUUGAUGCUAAAAGGAUGUGAGUACAAAGACAUUAAUAUGGGAUGUGAUGAGAGAGAAGUUAUGAAUGGAACCACUUUCAAAAAUACUGAUAGCAAUAACCAAACCGCUUGGGAUCCGGUGUUACUUUGCUUGAUAUCCAUUAAUGUUGUGCUUGUGAUGCUAAUAAUCGCACUUCUGGUUAAUUAUUUUAAACGCUGGAGAAAAGGGCAAAAAGGAUUUCAAAAUGAAACCCCAUCAUGCCAGAUUGAAAAUUCAGAUGUGAAUUAUGCAGCUGUGAGUUUUGCCUCUGCUCGUCCAGCCAGAAGAUCAAACAACAAACUGACUGAAUACAGUGAAGUAAACUACAGGCAGAGAGAUCACUUGCCAUAACAGUGCCUUUUCAUAAAUGUACUUUUAUUGCACCAAGUACUGCAAAUAUAUGAAACGUUUAUCUUUCUUUCCCAGAAUUAGAUUUUGAUUAUACUCCUUAUUUGCAUAGAAAUAGUGUUAAAUAGCUUAAUGGAUAUAUUGCAUGAAAGAUAAUAAAAUUUGCAGGGGAGACAUGUUCCCACCACUUUUUA